ACCAGUAAGACGGCCAAUUUGCAGAGUCUUCCCUGUGAAGAUCUAAAUUCUCGAUAUCGAUAGCAAGCGAGUCAACUCAACCGAGCGGAACCUUGCGAAUCUGUAUCUCCAUUCCUUUCAUCUGAGAGAGGCGCUCUAAUCAAACCGACCGGGGGUCGAAUCCGAUAAGGAAUGGCGGAUCCGGCAAACACGAAGCUCGGCAGGAUGCUAUUGGACGAGAUCACGCCGGCGGUCAUGGUCCUCCGUACGCCGCUCGUCGAGGAGUCCUGCCGGAAAAAUGGACUAUCCCUGAUUGAAAUGCUGACUCCGUACUGCAAUUUCAACAAUAUUGACGUGCCUGUGAGGACAGCUGAUCAGCCCUACAGAUUGAGAAGAUUUAAAUUGAGAUUGUUUUAUGCUUCGGAAAUUCGGCAGCCGAAUAUCGAGGCUGCAAAGGAGAGGUUAAAACAAGUUAUCACGCAUGCAGGAGACAGAGAUAUUUCUAAGCUGUCUUCAGAUCCACCAGACAUUCAAUCUUUAAUAGCGACAUCUGAGCAGGAAUUUGUGCCAUCUUGGUUUCAAGAUUUUAACAAAGAGCUGGUAGAUGCUGUCUCCUUUUCAGAACAUGAAGCUUUUGAUCACCCUGUGGCUUGUCUUGUUGCUGUGUCUUCAAAGGAUAAAGAUCCAAUCGACAAAUUUGUUGACCUAUUCAAUGCGAACCAGUUACCGUCUCUACUUAACGAUGGUGCUAUGGAUCCAAAGAUUCUGAAGUAUUUCUUGUUGAUACAUGAUAAUCAAGAUGGCCUGGUGGAAAAGGCUACUGGAAUUCUGUCAGAGAUGAGGAAUGCAUUUGGUGCAAAUGAUUGUCGUUUGUUGUGUAUAAAUUCUUCUGCAGAUGGUGCAGAAGAACAUCAAGAAAGUCCAUGGGCAUCUUACAAAAAUGGCACUUCAAGGAACAAGCAGUUCGGUUGUUUCCUUAAUGUGGAUGAUAUAGAAGAGUUAAGAAAUACAAUGCACGAUCUUUCGUCCAAACAUAUCAUUCCUCAUAUGGAGCUGAAGAUUCGUGUACUUAAUCAGCAGGUUUCAGCGACAAGGAAGGGUUUUAGAAACCAGAUAAAAAACUUAUGGUGGAGGAAGGGGAAAGAAGACACACCGGAGAAUCCCGAUGGGUCAACGUACACUUUUAGCUCCACAGAAUCUCAGAUACGAGUUUUGGGGGACUAUGCUUUCAUGUUACGAGAUUAUGAACUUGCAUUGUCAAACUAUCGACUUAUUUCUACGGAUUACAAGCUUGAUAAAGCAUGGAAAUAUUAUGCUGGUGUUCAGGAGAUGAUGGGACUGGCUUAUUUUAUGCUGGAUCAGUCGAGAAAAGAUUCUGAGUACUGCAUGGAAAAUGCAUUUACGACUUAUUUGAAAAUGGGGUCAUCUGGCGGGUGGAAUGCCACACGUUGUGGCAUCUGGUGGGCUGAAAUGUUGAAGGCUAGGGAUCAGUUCAAAGACGCUGCAGGUGUCUAUUGUCGUAUCUCUGGUGAGGAAUCCCUGCAUUCUGCGGUGAUGCUUGAGCAAGCAUCAUACUGCUUCUUGUUUUCUACACCAACCAUGUUGCGGAAGUAUGGAUUUCAUAUCGUUCUUUCUGGCGAUCUCUACAUGAAAUACGAUCAAAUAAAACAUGCAAUCAGAACGUACAGAAGUGCUCUUUCUGUCUUCAAAGGCACAACUUGGAACCAUAUCAGCGAUCAUGUCCAUUUCCAUAUUGGAAAGUGGUAUGCAUUUCUUGGAAUGUCUGAUGAAGGUAUUAAACAUGUGUUAGAGGUCCUGGCCUGUGGUCAUCAAUCCAAGGCCACCCAAGAGUUGUUUCUGAGGGAGUUCUUCCGAAUUAUUGAGGAAACAGGGAAAACAUUUGAGGUUAUGAGGCUUCAGUUACCUGUGAUUAAUUUUCCUCUAAUGAAAGUUGUUUUCGAAGAUCACCGUACUUAUGCCUCUCCUACAGCUGCCAGUGCUAAAGAAAGUUUGUGGCAAUCUUUGGAGGAGGACAUAAUUCCAUCACAUUCGGUUAUGAAGACUAACUGGCUGGAGUCGCAACCAAAAGUUUUACCAAAGAAGUACAAAGAAUCAAAUGUUUGUGUUGCUGGAGAGGCAAUCAAGGUGGAUAUUAGCUUAAAAAAUCCUCUUCAGAUUCCUAUAUCUAUCUCAAAUGUCUCCCUAAUAUGCAAGCAUUCAGCAGAAUAUGAUGAUACCGAAUCAGAUGCAAAUGGGCAUUUGAUUGAUUAUCAGAAUAACGAGGAAUUGAGGACUGCUGUAUCAGUUAGUGGGGAUUUCAGCUUAGAGACAUCUUUGUUUACUUUAUCAGAAGUUGACAUUUCAAUGCGAGGUGGUGAAACUAUUUUGGUUCAACUAACAGUCACUCCAAAAAUAGAAGGCAGCCUAAAAAUAGUUGGCGUUAGGUGGAAACUCUCAGGUUCAGUGGUUGGAGUUUGUAACUUCCAGUCAGAUAUUGUCAGAAAGAAAGUUGCUAAAGGGAAAAGGAAACCAAAACAGUCGGUGAAAGAUAACCUGCAGUUCUUGGUGAUAAAGAGUCUACCCAGGCUCGAGGGCGUCAUUCACGACUUACCUACGACAGUGUGUGCUGGAGAUCUCCGCCGUCUUACCUUAGAGUUGAGAAAUCCAUCUAAAAUAUCUGUGAAGAAUUUGAAGAUGAGGAUCAGUCAUCCUAGAUUUCUUAAUGUUGCAGCUCAGGAAGUUAUGAACUCGGAAUUUCCUUCUUGCCUUGAAAAGCAGGCAAGUUCAUCACAAAGUUGCAGCCAAGUGGACGAUGGCAAAGCAGCAAAUAGUGUAUUUGUGUUCCCCGAGACUGUAGCAAGUUCUUGUGAAGCGCCACUUAGAUGGCCCCUUUGGUUCAGGGCUGCUGCUUCCGGAAGCAUUUCACUUUAUAUAACUAUUUACUAUGAAAUGGAAGAUGGUUCAUCAGUCAUAACAUAUCGAACUUUACGCAUGCAUUACAAUCUGGAGGUAUUGCCAUCUCUAGAAGUGUCAUUUCAAACCAGCCGAUCUCCUUCCAGAUUGCAAGAGUUCCUUGUCCGGAUGGAUGUUAUCAACAAGACCGCUUCCGAGAGUUUCCAGGUUCAUCAAUUAUCAUGUGUUGGAGACCAGUGGGAGCUUGCAUUACUCCAACCAAUAGAUUCUGUCAUGCCUUUGAAAUUUCUGAUGGCUGGUCAGGCUCUGUCAUACUUUUUCAAGCUAAAGAAUCACAGAACUCGAGGAAGUACUGAGGACAAUAUAUCUUCUCUUGCCACGUCAGGAAGGGCAGAUGUGAGUCUUCUAGAUAGUGAUUCCACUGGACUGUUUGAUGCAUCCAUUCCUCCUCUCAAUCUUUUUCACCAUCAAGAAAGAGUACAUCAAGAAAGGCACAAACAGGGCCAUGGAAGCACCGUCGAUUUCAUCCUGAUAUCCAAGUCAUGGAGUGACAGCAGUGCUGGGCUACCAAGAACCACAGAAGUUUUCUCUCACCAUACCUGCCAUUGCAGAAUUGCGAGUAACAGCCCAAUCUGGUGGUUAAUGGAUGGCCCCCGGUCAGUUAGUCAUGACUUUGCUGCAGCUGCUUUCUGUGAAAUAAAUCUGAGUAUGACCAUUUACAACAACUCAGAAGAUGCUGUAUCAGUCCGCAUCAGCACCUUCGAUUCCACACCUUCGGUCAACUUGGUCAACCCUGGCGCUUCAGGUUCAGGAGAUGAAGUCGGCUGGCAUCACACAUCUAAUCCGAGCGAGGCUAAAGUGACAUCACCUGAUGUUACAGGAACUCGAGUCGUCAAGGCCCUUCCGACUGAGAGUGUUUCGCCUUUCAUUUGGUCAGGAUCGAGUUCAACUCGAGUCAACCUCAAGCCAUUGACUUCCAUUGAAGUUCCACUCCAGAUCUCCGUGUUUUCUCCAGGUACAUUUGAUUUGUCGAACUACUCGUUGCAUUGGAAUCUGGUACUGUCGUCUGGUAAUGAAGGAGGUCGUGAGAAUGACUCAAGAGUGUCGUCUGGCACGUGCAAGGGUCAUUCUUAUCAUAUCACAGUGCUGCAAAAAGAAUGAGGUGAGAUUUGAGUUAUAUAUAUAUAUAUAUAUAUAUUUCCUCUCAACUCUGGAAUUGGAAAUUGUGUGUAGUAAAUUUAUACAUCUUACAGCCUGUAAAUCACAGUUGUUCAAUGUAUUAUGUUUUUUGCAAUAGAGAAAGAGGAGAAAAUUCAUUUGGUUUUGAACUGGAAAGGCUCUGAUAGAAGUUAUCUCUUCUUUCAAAAUAACUAAAAGAGAUUGUUUUGUUUAGGAAACCUCUAUAAGUAACUGUAGAUCUAAGCAUUUCACCCUUUUGCUUACAACCAAUUUGGUUUUUUGUCGAAGCAAGAAUUUGUUGCUGUUAUUGGAUUUCGACACUUGUCAUUUAUUGGAUUUCGACGUUCCUUCAAGUA